AUGACUAAUGAUAAUGCAACCGAAUUAUUAUAUGUAGGAGGAAUUGAUGAAACAAUAGACGAAAAGAGUUUGUAUGACAUUUUUUCAUCGUUUGGUGAUAUAAGAAACAUUGAAGUGCCUAUAAACAUUGUUACAAAAAAAAAUAGAGGAUUUGCAUUUAUAGAAUAUGUAGAAAAGGAUGAUGCUAAGCAUGCCUUAUAUAACAUGAAUAAUUUUGAAUUAAAUGGAAUGAAAAUUUAUGUGAACUAUUCCAAAAAUAAGAAAAUGGAACAACAUAAGCCAGUGUGGAUAGACGAUCUGUAUAACCAGGAAAAAAUGAAGCUACUGGAAGAAGAAGAAGAAGAAGAAGAAGAAGAAGAAAAAGAAGAAAAGAAUUCAAGUCAUGUGGAAAACAUAGAAAAUGAUAUCACUGAUAAAUGA